AUGGCGGUGUCCGUCCUUGGGAAGUUCGGCCUCGACGAGUUCGUCCGCUCGGCGCCGCCCAUGGCUCAGCACACCGCCGAGUGGCGGCAGAUCGACCAGACGGUCGUCAAUUGGAUCUACACCACCGUCAACAAAAGUGUCUUCGACAUCAUCUACCGCCCGCGCGUCUCCGCGUUCACCCUCUGGACCGAGCUGCGGUCCAUCACGCAAGGCGACGCCGGCAUCGACGAGUACUGCUCCCAUCUCAAGCACCUCGCCGACAAACUUCGUGACAUUGGCCAGCCCGUCUCGGAAACGAGCCAAGUGCUCAACCUUCUCCGCGGCCUGAACCCCAGGUACCGCCACGUCAAGCCGGUGAUCACCUCCAGGCGCCCGCCCCACACCUUCCAGAGCGCGCGCUCCUUCCUCGCCCUUGAGGAACUCCAGCUGAAGCAUGAUGACAAGACGGAGGCCGGUCAGGCGUUCCUCGCCGGCCACGGCGGUCCUGCCAACUCUGGCGGAUCCGCAUCUCACGGGAGCUCCUCUGGCCAUGGGGCCCCUUCCUCCGGCACCGGCGGCUCCCCCGGCGGCGACACCGGUGGCAACCGCGGCUACCGCACCAAGAACAAGCGUCGUGGCUGCGGUCCCAACGGCGGAUCCGCGCCCUCCGGCGGCGCAGGCGCAGGCGGCACAGGCGGUGCCUCCUAG